GUCCACCACACAUUAUCGCCCAUCAGCCCACUACCAGAACUGAGGAAUCAUCUCCGAUCCAUAUAUAUCCGUUCGGAAUGGCGCCAUCUCGACAAGAGAUCACUAAAUUCGCCGACUGGUGCCGACGGGAGGGCCUCACAUCCACGCUUCAUGUACUACGCAAUGAGCUUGGAACCAAGGGACUACGGAUUGAUUUGUCGGAUUCAUCUUCAUCCUCUGACUCUCAAUCUACAUCUUCGAGUGACCAAUCCACUUCGACGCAUGAUGCGGGGUCUUCUUCUUCGGCUCCAAAACCCCAACGUGUGACCAAGUCUUCGGAUCCAUUGCCGGUCUCUGACUCCGAUUCUUCAUCCGAUUCUGAAUCUGGCGACUCCGAAUCUAGUGACUCUGCAUCCGGCUCUGAAUCUAGUGGCUCUGAAUCUGAAUCUGACUCCACCCAGAGCUCCGCCGCACUGGCCAAGUCAAAGUCAAACCCUGGAAUUGUACUCAAGUCUGAGCAAAUUGCUGGCUCGGAGUCUAGCUCUGAAUCUGGCUCUGGGUCUGACUCUGAAUCUGCCUCAGGGGCGCGCCCUAAAUCCGGCCCAAAAGUUGCCUUUAAAUCUGUCUUGGGAUCUAGCUCUGAAACCAGUUCGGAUUCUGAUGCUGAAUCUGGGUCUGAAGAAUCUGAAUCUGAAUCUGAAGAAUCGGAGGCGCACGAUAGCUCUGGAUCUGACACAGAAUCCAGCUCAACUUCUAACUUGAAGCUGUGUACUCAAUCUAACCCAGUAACUAAAAAGAAUGGAGAGGCAUCGAGUCAGUCUGCACGGUCUGAAGUUCAAUCAUCAGGCAAGUCUGAUGGAUCGGACAGCAGCUCUGAAUCGGGAUCGAACUCCGGAUCUGGAUCUGACUCUGAUUCCGAAUCCGAUUCUGGACUCAGUUCCGACAUUGCCCUCACUUCUUCCAAGCAAAAAUCCAGUUCAUGUUCUUCUGAUCCGUCGAGUCAAACUAUGCAAGGCAAGACGGACGUUUCAUCAGGUUCAACCCAUGAUUCUGAGGCCUCGUCAGAGUCGGACUCUAGCAAAUCGUCGUCCUCUUCAUCUGAUUCAAAAUCUGAUUCUAGUGCCGCUUCGGGGUCUGAUUCUGAUUCUGAUUCUGAUUCUAGCGGCGACGACGCUACUUCAAAAAAACCUCAACCUCAAUCUCACACAGACUCGAAACCUGCACCAAAUUCAUCAUCAUCGACCAACAAGCGAAAAGCUCAAUCACCAGAGAAGAGUGCAGACAGCAAGCGAAUCAAAGCUCUUGAUUCUUUGGCCCAGCCGGAUUCAAACCCUACUCCGGUGUCCAACUCAACCCAAGAACCUCUGAAUGAUGUGAAACAUAAGAAGACUAAUGCACCAUUCCGCAGAAUAAAGGCCGAAGAAAUUCAAGUCGAUCGCCGUGUAUCAGAUAAUAGCUUUUUAGCUAAGGGUGGUGCUCAAGGCUCUUACGGCUACAAAGCUCAUCAAGAUCUGAUCGUAACUCGUGGCAAAGCCUUUACUAAGGAGAAAAAUAAAAAGAAAAGAGGGAGUUACAGGGGUGGUAUCAUCGACACAGCUAGUCACUCUAUCAAGUUUACUUGAGCAUUGCAUUAAUUUUUACUUCAAUUAAUCUUGGCUCGGAUGCCCCCAUCAAGUUUUUUCGACAAAUAAGUCCAUCAAGCUUGUGUGAUAAUUGCAUCAAGCUUCGUCAAUCAUUCGUCUCCGUACCUGCCCUUGGAGCCUCAGCUCUCGCUGCUUUGCGAUUUUUUUUUUCGCAUGAUGCUCUUACUCUGCUCAUUAUCUAUCCUGGGAUUUUUGAGGAAAAAUUUUCAUUCAUCAACACUUGCUUGUGUUAUUGAUUUCCAAACAAUAUUUGCGCGUUGGAAAACAAACAAACGAGUAAUUGUCACGUCUUGCAUCACGG